AAGUUAAUGGAGUGUUUGCUACAGAACGUAACACUGAACUAUAGACAAAUAGGGGCAAUUCCGGAAUUUAAAUAAUCUUUGGAUAUGAUUUUCAUCGCCUUCGUCUGUAAUAUUGCCCAUAUCCCCAAUUUAUUUUAAAAUUUUCAGAUAGGGUUUCAGUUCCAAUUUCUAAACCUAUUUUUCAAACAUAUUGUUUAUUAUACGGUUUAAAUACGAAUCGAUCUCUUCAAUGAUCUAAAGUUUCUUGAGUUCGGUUAUACGAAUUCUGUGGGGAGUUCAUAUAUAUAUAUAUAUAUUAUAUAACUCAGAGUUGACUUGUUUCUGAAAUCGUUGCUUAAAUCACUGGUCCUGAAUAUAAUUUUUUAUCAGUUUUUUAGAUUGGGAUUAUUCUGAUAGUAGUUCUUGUAUAGUGUUUUGUUUAUAUGAUUGGAGCUUACUUUAGUCGGGAGCAUAUAACCCGUAUGGCAUGAGCGAAACCAUUUGCAUCAUUCUAUAGCUGAAACUGUUAUAUCCGGUGAAUAUAUGGCCAACUAUUCUUUGGCUGUCCGCAAUCAUUUGGUUGUCCCUGAUCAUUUGGCAGUUCCCGAUCACUUGGCAGUCCCUGAUCAAUUGGCUGUGGCUGAUCACUUGGGUAUCCCUGGUCCGUUAUCUGUCUCUGGUGACUUGGCUAUUCCAGAUCAUUCUUUAUCACUGGCUGACCAUUCUUUAGUUAUAGGGCAAGAAUUUGCUGAUGUAGAAACAUGUCGAAGGAGUCUGAAAGAUAUCGCUAUAGCAUUGCAUUUUGACCUUCGUAUUGUGAAGUCAGACCGAAGCCGGUUUAUAGCCAAAUGUUCGAAGGAAGGAUGCCCAUGGCGUGUCCAUGUAGCAAAAUGUCCAGGUGUUCCAACUUUUACUGUUAGAACUUUGCACGGAGAACACACUUGUGAAGGUGUUUUAAAUCACCAUCAUCAGCAAGCAUCAGUUGGCUGGGUUGCUAGGUCUGUUGAAGCACGUCUGCGAGAUAAUCCACAAUACAAACCAAAGGAAAUCUUGCAGGACAUACGUGCACAGCAUGGGGUUGCUGUUUCAUACAUGCAGGCAUGGCGGGGGAAGGAGCGUAGUAUGGCUGCAGUUCAUGGAACAUUUGAAGAAGGUUACCGUCUCCUUCCUGCAUAUUGUGAACAGGUUAAGAAGACAAACCCAGGAAGUAUAGCAUCGGUUUUUGCUGGGCACGAGAAUCACUUUCAACGUCUCUUUAUUUCAUAUCGUGCAUCAAUAUACGGCUUUAUAAAAGCUUGCAGGCCACUUCUAGAACUUGAUAGAACCCACCUCAAAGGAAAAUUUCUCGGGUCUUUACUUUGUGCUGCAGCUGUUGAUGCAGACGAUACACUGUUCCCUUUGGCAUUUGCUAUUGUUGAUUCAGAAAGCGAUGAAAAUUGGAUGUGGUUCCUUUCAGAGUUGAGAAAACUGCUUGGGGUAAAUACUGAGAGUAUGCCCAGGCUUACGAUAUUAUCUGACCGACUAAGAGGUAUUUUGGAAGCGGUGGAAACUCAUUUUCCUAGUGCUUUCCAUGGGUUUUGUCUGCGUCAUGUUAGUGAAAAUUUUCGUGAUGAGUUUAAGAACACAAAAUUGGUAAACAUCUUCUGGAGUGCUGUUUAUGCUUUAACUGCUGUUGAAUUUGAAUCCAAGAUCUCUGAGAUGGCAGAGAUUUCACAAGAUGUCAUGCAAUGGUUUCAUCGUUUCCCUCCCCGUCUUUGGGCUGUAGCAUAUUUUGAAGGAGUACGAUAUGGUCACUUUACUUUGGGAGUAACAGAGUUAUUAUAUAAUUGGGCUCUAGAAGGUCACGAGCUCCCGAUCGUGCAAAUGAUGGAGCAUAUUCGCCAUCAACUAACGUCAUGGUAUAGAGAUCGCCGUAACAUGGGAAUGAGUUGGAAUUCUAUUCUUGUUCCAUCAGCUGAGAAGCGCAUUGCAGAAGCUAUUGCAGAUUCACGUUGUUACCAAGUCCUUCGUGCAAAUGAGAUAGAGUUUGAGAUUGUUUCGACGGAGAGGACAAAUAUCGUGGACAUACGCAGUCGCGUUUGCUCUUGUCGUCGUUGGCAGAUCUAUGGUUUACCCUGUGCACAUGCUGCUGCUGCCCUAAUCUCUUGUGGUCAUAAUGCACAUUUAUUCGCUGAACGUUGUUUCACAGUGGCAAGUUACCUUGAGACCUAUUCUGAGAUAAUAAACUCUAUUCCAGACAAGAGUCAUUGGAGGGAACUUGGUGAAGGAUCUGAUGGUGGAGGUGCCAAAGUUGAUCUCUCUAUACGUCCACCCAAGACUCGUAGGCCGCCUGGUCGACCUAAAAAGAAAGUUCUCCGGAUAGAGAGUUUUAAGAGGCCAAAACGAGUUGUUCAAUGCGGUCGAUGUCAUUUGUUAGGGCAUUCACAAAAGAAGUGUACUAUGCCAAUCUGAUUAUGACAAUACUUGGUUGGAAAUCUCUUUUAAAAAGUCAAGUCUUUUCUAAUCUGAUUUUUUGUUAUCAAUUUGCAAUGGUAAUCUAGUUAGUAAGUAGGCCUGUCUUGUAGCAAGAAUUUAGGGAUUUCCUUGUAAUGAAUUACUCUUCCCAAAAUCUGUAUUUGUUCACACAGAUCAUGUGGAGUAUUUUACUUGUGAAGCAUGACUAAAUUUUUUUAUUUGUUAAUUCAUAAAUUCAAGCCUCCUUCGGUUUUUUCAA